GGCUGGUGAUGUACAUUGAAAGAGACGUCCGAAAGGCCACGCCAGGAAAGGAGCAACAAAGCGGCAAUGAAUACCUGUCAAAAUGCCUGACCCUCUUCAUCCGUCACACCGUGCAUGAACUGCCAGCCAUCCUGGAUGACAUCCUGUCCGUGUUAGGCAGCAUUGUGGGAAGGAAGCACCCCUCUCCUACGCAGUCCCGUCAGCUGAAGCAGAGCCUCCCCAUGAUGGCUGUGGUGCUGCAUCUGCUCACCUCACAGAUCUUCCGACCGCAGGUGGCGACUGAGGCCUUUAUCAUCAAAUUUGGAAAACUGCUGAAUCACAUAACCUCCAUUGACUCUAAUGAGACGAGUUUGGGAAGUGCUAUAGGUCAAGCAGCAUCUGAGGAACUGAUCAGAAACACACUAUCUGCAGUGGAGGCAAUUUCCCAACAUCCCGCUCUUCUUGGCCUCUAUCACUGCACUGUUGUGGAUUUGAUUGCACCACCGCUGGCGUCUCUGGCCUUCAGUAAAAAUGUGGAAUGGCGUAUUGUGAGUUUGCGUGUGCUGUCAGAGAUCACGCUGCUGCUGCUGAGCCAAGACGAGGUGGAGGAGAGAGAGAGAGAUGGAGGGAGUGAACGAGAGGGAGAGUGGGAAGGUGAAGACAUCUCCUCCAACACUCGCUUGCUAACGCUCAUCUCUGAGGCCCUGCUGCCACAGUAUGAGACUCUGCUCCUGGAGCCAGAUCCUGUACCGGUAUAUGCUCUCAAACUGCUGGUGUCCCUCACGGAGCACACCUCACCCAUCAGCAGGCUUGUUAGAGAGAGCCGUCUCCUGCCUGCUAUCUUUCAAGUCAUAGAGGAGCACCAGAAUAACACAGUCGGAAGCACGAUGCAGAACGCCAUGGCUCUCCUCUGCAAUCUGAUUGGACAUAAGGGCACAGACCUGCGACCGUUCUACCAGCAAGGUGUAAUUGAGGUGGUGUGCAAUGUCUUUGUGGAAGUCACUGGUGUGUAUCUGGAGAGAGAAAUGCACUCAGGGCUGAAGAGCUGCUCUUCUCUGCUCCUGUGUUUGCUGGACAUCAUCCACUGCCUGCUCAAAAACCUUUCGUCUGUAGUCCGACUGGCCCUGCAGAGAUCAGACAGUAAUGAAGACACUGAGGCUGCAGAGGAACUACUGCUCAUCAACAAGCCACUGACAGAGCUAAACAACCUCUUCAUUCAGCUGCUGGCGUGUAAUGACAGUGAGGUGUAUGAGGAGGCCAGUCACUGUGUGUCUCUGCUGGCUCAGCUGUAUGGAGGAGAGGGUGCAGACCGCCUGCAGCCGGAGGAGCUGCUCAGCCUGGCACACGCACUGCAGACACACUCUGAGCCCAGACAGCAGAAACUGCUGCUCCGCGUGCUGAAACGCUUGAUGAGUGCGGUUGGCAGCUCCGGUUGGGGUUCUUCGGAAGGACAGAUCCUGCUUCACGUGCUGCAGAAACUGGCGCUGCCUACUAGAUCCCAAUCAGACAUGGCAGUGGAAUCACUAGCUGCAGAGAUUCUGAAGGGCACCGGGUCCCAGGCAGAACUCAGAUCCACAGAACAGAGUUCCACGCCUGGUAUUUAAUGUGGAUAUAUAUUCAUACUUUUCAUUUGUAUGUUACUAUGACUUAGUCUCUUGCAAAAUG